GGAGUACGUACCGUUGUACCUCCAGUCUGGGCAUCUGUCCUUAUCGUUGUUUUCCCUGGUCUUCAAGUUUGUCUCCUCCAGGCCGUACGAAGGAGGACAUAGCUGGGGUCUCUUCUCUAUACCCUCUUGUCCUUGACCUUCUUUCUAUCUCCCUUUAUGCUCUCUGAUCUCUGAUAAGGCCCCAACCCCAUUGCCUGGAAGCCAUGGCGGCAGCUGACGUUGCUCCGCAUUUCGGAGCUGAAUUGAAGGAUGCGUUCAAGGUUGUCAAUGCCUGGACGCUCAAUGGAAUAUCGUGGUUGGAUGAAAUACAACAGUUCUACCGUGAACGGAGCCAGAUUGAAAGGGAGUACUCGGCAAAGUUGACGGCUCUCUGCAGGAAAUAUCAAGAUCGCAAAGCCAAGAAAUCGAGCAGCUUGAGUGUCGGGGAUUCCCCGAUUAUGACUCCCGGUUCCCUCGAAAGUGCUUCCGUGACCACAUGGGGUACUCAACUGACCACCGUUGAAUCCCUCGCCGCAGAGCGUGAAAAAUUCGCCGUGGAACUGAUCGCGCAGGUUUCAGACCCUCUAAAAGCUGUCGCCUUGCAGUAUGAAGACUUACGGAAAUGUCAUACGGAUUUCUACGCAAAGUUAGAUAAAGAGCGGGAAUUGGCAUUCGGUGACCUGAAAAAGACAAAAGGCAAGUAUGAUGGGGCGUGCCAGGAAGUUGAGUCCCGGCGGAAGAAAAUGGAGUCGUCGUACGACCACAGUAAAACGAAGGCUCAGGUUGCAUACCAGCAGCAGAUUUACGAUAUGAAUAAUGUUAAGGUCAGUUUUAAGUCACCCUGACUUGACUUUGGAACUUUUGCUGAACCGAGAACAGAAUACUUAUCUCAUCAACAUCAACAUCACGAACAAAGUGAAGGAGAAGUUCUUCCACGAAUAUAUCCCAGAAUUACUAGAUGUCAGUAAUGAUGCUAGGCUAUGUUUCACAAUGGUCCAACAUGCUGACAGGCGUAAUCAAGAGCUUGCAAGAUCUGAACGAAACCCGAGUCGCGAAAUUGAAUUCCUUCUGGUGUCUCGCAGCUCAGCUUGAAAAGAAUUCCUUUACAAACGGCGUCAACCAUAUGACGAAUCUGUUAGGCGAGGUCCCGCGUAACGAACCGCAUCUUGAUUCGCUCAUGUUUCUUCGUCACAACGUUUCACAGUGGCAGGAGCCGGCCAACUUGAUUUUUGAACCAAGCCCUGUUUGGCACGAUGAUGCUGCGAUUGUGACUGAUGAGGCGGCAAAGGUUUUCCUGCGUAACCUUUUGAGCAAGAGCAAAACACAAGUGCGGGAGUUGAGGAUUGAAGUCGAUAAGAAGCGAAAGGAAGUUGACGCCAUGAAGCAAAUACGACAGAAUGUAAAGCAAGGCAAAGACAAGCGGAGCGAGGUUGACGUCGUCCGAUCCAUAUUUUACGAGCAAGAGGCACUGCAUGAAAUCGAACGUAAGCUGUUAGCUGCGGAGGUGGAGACGUUGACCGUUAUGUCUGCAGUGGGCGACCUAUCAUUGGGAGCAAAAAAUCAUAAUUUCAAGUCGCAGACGUUCAAGAUACCCACAAACUGUGAUCUCUGUGGAGAACGUAUCUGGGGAUUGUCCGCCAAGGGCUUCGAUUGCCGAGAUUGCGGUUAUACUUGUCACAGCAAAUGUCAGAUGAAAGUUCCAGCAGAAUGUCCGGGAGAGACGAGCAAGGAAGAAAAGAAGAAGUUGAAGGCGGAGCGUCAAGAACAGGCUAAUGCAACUCCUGCGCUGGAUCGGGUGCCGACUAGCUCAUCGACGACUGCCCCAUCGCUGACUCGGAAAGACACGAUGACUUCCUUGAGUUCAGGAUAUACCGCUGGGGGAACGCCGUCCCCCUCUAACACUAGUUUAACAGAAGCACAAAAGACCGCUUCUGCAGAGUCCAAGCCUACUGCUGCUGCUCCGCCUAAACGCAACAGGAUCCUCGCACCACCACCUGCGCAGUAUAUCAGCUCGCCACCAGCGAAUGGGACCAGCAAUACUGUAUCAUCUCAACCAAAGGGCAAAAUGCUUUAUCCCUUCCAGGCUACCGGAGAUGAUGAGAUCACAGUCCGGGAAGGCGAUAAUGUGGUCAUCGUUGAGCCCGAUGAUGGAUCUGGAUGGAUGCGUGUUCGUGCUGGGCAGCUAGAGGGUCUGGUUCCAGCGUCGUAUGUCGAAGCAGUACCUUCGUUAUCACCAGCGCCCUCGACUGGUGCUGCUAAUGCCGAUCGCCCGGGUUCUACAUACUCGAAUUCGUCGGUGUCUGCGGCGUCCGCAGCGGGCAGUGCCACAACGAAGCGCGUUGGUCCAGCUGUCGCACCACGACGAGGAGCGAAGAAGCUCCAGUACGUCGAGGCAUUGUAUGAUUAUGAGCCCCGAAGCGAUCUAGAAUGGGGCAUGACAGAAGGGGAUCGCUUUGUUUUGGUCAACAGAGAUAGCGGAGACGGCUGGGCCGACGUUGAGAAAGGGGGAGUGACGAAGUGCGUUCCUGCAAACUACAUCCAGGAGGUGUAGUUUCGUUUCAUCUCCUUUUUGGGUUUCGAUUUUUUUUUGGCUAUAUUUUGUUAGACCUGUUCUUAUACCUAUAUCCUUUUUUUUUUUUUUUUUUUUUUGUUAUGAGAACCCCCUCCGAUACAUUAGCGAUUUUUGACUUUUUGCACCUCUCUUCCUUCGCGCACUUCCUCCCAUGUAACAUUCCAGGAAGUGAGUGGAAUGGAGAACCAUCCUAUGACUUUCCAGAUACAAACUAAUUUUGCAUGGCUCAUGGUUGGCUUGGAAAAAGCAAUUUCAGCGAUUGCUGUGCGGGGCCUUGUCUCGCAUUUUGGCUUUUCCUUUUUUUGCGGCGAUAGUCGAGGAUCGUCACUAAGAGUAAUAACGGAGAUUAUGUUCUUCUCUUUUUUUUUUUAUUACUAGUACGUACCGUCUGUCAGGCUUUUGGUGGCCGGAAGCAGAUUCAUUUUGGAGAGUGGAUGGUAAAUCCCUCAUGUUACCGCUUCAUUGCUACCACUACCAACCUCACGAUGAAAAUCCCGCACGAUGGUGUGUUAGCCAACUCAGUAUGGC